AAUCGAACAGGCAGUUUUCACGUUCAGUCAUGUUUAAAGUCAGAGUUCGUAUAUUUAUGUAACGUGGUUGGGAUUGUGUGACUAGUAUUUACGACACCCCAGCUAUCAAAACGUUCAUUGUAAAGUUUUUUUGUUUUUAAAUUACCACUCUGCAGCGCGUCGAUAUUAGUUUUGAAUGUAGUUAAACAGAAAAUGCAGCUUUCGUAACCGGCCGACGCUGCUAACACAAGCUGAGAGCUGCUUUAAUCCUGGUAAAAUUAGGAUAGUUGGAACUCUGGGUGACGGUGCAAUACUAUAUUUAGAAUAUGGAUCCUUCAGGAAACUUCAAAGGAAAUAAGGGUAUGAAACUUCAGAGGCCUGAAAUAAAGUCAAAUGGGGAUGGACCAAAGCGGAUUCCUGUGUCUCAGUCUUCACAAAUUAUUCAGAAGGCUGUUGUCACACCUACUCAGCAUCAGAGGGUCCUUGGUGUGUCAAACGGACCCCAGCGUGUUCAGCGGCCUGUCAGCCAUCAGAAACCAGUAUCCCAUGUCUCUUUGGUUGCCAAGUCCACGCAUCCUGCAGACCAGAAUGCCCCCCCUAUUACUCAGAAUGUCACACCUGCACCACUUUCCAAACCUGCACCACUUUCCAAACCUGCUUCCCAGCAAAACCAGCCAAGGAUGCAAGUUCCCACCGUGAAACCUGAAUCAGAAAAGCCAACAGAAUCCACAAAGUUAGAAAAGGCAUCAAACAAAUCUGCCAAGUCUGAUGCAUCUGCAUCAAAGGAGCGAUGGAGCUUGGAAAAUUUUGACAUUGGCCGCCCCCUCGGGAAGGGCAAGUUUGGCAAUGUCUACCUGGCCAGAGAGCGACAAACCAAAUUCAUUUUGGCCCUGAAGGUGCUGUUCAAGAAGCAGCUCGAGAAAGCUGGAGUGGAGCACCAGCUGAGGAGAGAGGUGGAGAUCCAGUCUCACCUCAGGCAUCCUAAUAUCCUGCGCCUCUAUGGGUACUUUCAUGAUACUUCUCGUGUGUAUCUCAUCCUUGAGUUUGCGCCCAAAGGAGAGCUCUUCAGUGAGCUGCAGCGCUGUGGAUGUUUUCCUGAAGAUAGAAGUGCCACCUACAUCAUGGAGCUGGCAGACGCCCUCAACUAUUGCCACACCAAGAAGGUGAUUCACAGAGACAUUAAACCAGAAAACCUGCUACUGGGAGCCAAUGGGGAGCUAAAGAUUGCUGACUUUGGGUGGUCUGUUCACACUCCCUCUUCCAGGAGGUCAACUCUGUGUGGAACCCUGGACUACCUGCCUCCCGAGAUGAUUGAGGGGAAAACGCAUGAUGAAAAAGUGGAUCUGUGGAGUCUGGGUGUCCUUUGCUACGAGUUCUUGGUUGGAAAACCUCCAUUUGAAGCAAAAACACAUGAUGAGACUUACCACAGGAUUUCAAGGGUGGAGUACACUUACCCUGCAAAUCCCCCCAUCAGUGCUCAAGCAAAGGAUUUGGUUGCCCGGUUGCUCAAGCACAAUCCCAUGCAGAGACUUCCCAUCCAGGGCGUCCUGUCCCACCCCUGGGUCCUCCAGUGUUCCUCCAAGAAGCCCACGACUCUAAAUAACGGAGAGCCCACCCAGUGAGUGCUCUUAAUGCAUCAGUCCUUCAGAAUGCCAGUAGUUUUAUGCUUUGGAGCACAUUUAUCAACAUGCCGGUUUCUGAGAUCCUGCUUUUAUUUCUGACUAUAAAAAUACCAGUUUUUUUUUCUUUUCUUUUUCUGUGAGCCAUAUUGUCGUGAAUGUUAUGUUGUCUUUUGGUCUUAUCAUUUUGAGUUGGUUCUCUUACCGUUCAAAUUCUGUUGCCUGUAAAUAUUUCACUGUUGUAUAAUUGUGAACAUUGUAAGGACUUUAUUGUGAAAUGCCUUUACUUGAAAUAGCAAAUAAAUUAAUUUUCAUGACUUGUAUCCCUUUGGUGUUGACCACAAUAUGUUAUAUGGUUAUAUUUUAUCAUGUUUUAUUCAUUAUCGUAAACUUGGCAAACCUAAACUUUGCACAAAUAACUAAUGAUUUAUCAAGUUUCAGUACAGUUUCAAAAUGUAAGACAUUACUGAUGUGUGGUCAACAGAGGGUGCUACAAAACCACUGGAGUCAAUGUAGCUGGUUUGUGAGAAUUAAGUUUUUUUUUUUUUUUGUGUGAAUGCAAUAAAUCUAACCAUAAAUAUAUUUUUCCUGUGAGUGAGUCUGUAAGAGUUAAAAACAUGUUAAAUUAAGUUUAAAAGCUCUGUAUGGAUUGGUGAUAUCGUGAGAACCUAUAUUGUACCGGGUGCAGUUACCUCUCUUGUCCGCCAGGGGGCCCUCCACGACAAUAUUCGGCAAGUGAUGUGGAUUUGGGAGGAAAUUUGGCCUAGACUGCUGUGAAACAUUUUCUACUUCAUGUUUCACUUCCACAGCGAUGUCUUUCUGUAGGUGGAUGACAAAGUAUUGAUUCCGGUUUAUCUGCCUUAUAUUUUUUUGAGUAUUUGAAUAAAAUACAGACAUUAGUCCUUUUUAACCAGAUUAGGAAUAUCAACCCCAACCCCAGACUUUUUUUUUUUUCUCUAAGCGUGCAGAUGUUGCCUGCAUGCGCAUCAGGCCUUCUGGACAGAUGCAUCCCUACAGCGGAAAAUCUGGCAACGUUCGGGUUAUUUGCGCAUGCCAGGUUGCGCUGCGGAAAGGAUGCAUGCUGUAUCUAUUUUCCAAGGAUUUUUUUAUUUUUUUUCCAAAUACAAAUCUAGAUCAAAACAGCCCAAUCCGAUGCUGAGCGGGCUGAGAAUGAAUCCUCUGAUGCAAACACUGACACAUACAAACUUGCCUUGUAUUGUGACAUUGUUGGACCGUCUUUUGCACUGCCUGUCACUUCAAUUUCGAUUAAAAUAAAAGACUGCGACUAUC